GAGUUGUAACGAUUGAAAACUUCAACUUGUCAAAGGAAACCUGAAAGAAAAUGGAGUCGGUUAUGACAUUUAACAUCAUUCAAUCACAAAUAAUCCUCCUCCACUAAUGAAAAAUCUUUACCCAUUUUUUCCAGUUGUUGGUCGUCACAAUCUUCUGAAUGGUCAGUUUUCUGGAUAUUCCUUCUGUAUGGAUUACCUCCAGCUCAAGAAUAUUAAGCAAAUCCAAAUCUAGCUGUAGUAGACGAGGAGACUUUCCAUACUCCAAAGGGUAUUUCGCAAUGGCAUUGCCCAAAAAUAUACAACCUUCCAACGGAGAGGGAUUGACACAGAAAGAUGCAAAACAACGAGCUUUAGAAGGAGUCCUACAACAAAUAGAAAAAACUUACGGUCGUGGGUCGAUAAUGCGUCUGGGUGAGAUCGAAAGUAUGAAAGUAGAAACCACUCCCAGUGGAAGCGUUACACUGGAUGCUGCUUUAGGUGGCGGUUAUCCACGAGGACGACUUGUUGAAAUAUUUGGUCCAGAAAGUAGUGGUAAGACGACCUUAGCUUUGCACGCUAUAGCGGAGGUUCAGAAAUCGGGAGGAGUUGCCGCUUUUGUGGAUGCGGAACAUGCCUUGGAUCCAGCUUACGGUUCUGCACUAGGAGUGGAUAUUCAGUCCUUGUUGGUUUCGCAACCAGACACGGGAGAAAUGGCGUUGGAAAUUGUGGAUCAACUCGUUCGUUCCGCUGCAGUAGAUAUUGUCGUUAUUGACUCUGUAGCAGCCUUGGUUCCUCGUUCUGAGAUAGAAGGAGAUAUGAAUGAUCAACAAAUGGGUGCUCAAGCACGACUUAUGUCCAAAGCUUUGAGGAAGAUUACUGGUUCCAUGAGUCGUAGUCAGUGUACAGUUAUAUUUUUGAAUCAGUUGCGACAAAAAAUAGGCGUUCUAUUUGGUAGUCCAGAAGUAACUUCAGGCGGAAUGGCAUUAAAGUAUUAUUCAUCGGUGAGAUUAGAUAUACGACGCAAAGACACGCUCAAGGAUAAUGUCGGCAUACGAUGUAAAGUCAAAAUUGCCAAAAAUAAGAUUGCUCCUCCGUUUCGUGUAGUUGAGUUGAAUAUUUUAUUUGGUAAAGGAAUUGAUACUUAUGGCUGUCUGUUGGAUGCAGCAGAAGAACUUGGUUUGGUGAUUCGAAAAGGUUCUUGGUAUAGUUAUGGUGGAAACAAUAUUGCACAAGGAAAGGAUGCUUGUGUGGAGUAUAUGAAGGCUCAUUCUGACUUUGUUUCACAAUUAGAGUUGCAGGUUCGCGGUAAGUUGGCAGGAAUGGUGAUUCCCAGAGAGAUGGAUGUCGACGUGGAGCCUGUUUAUGAUUAGAAGUUUUGAUGAGCUUUCAUGAAGCAAUUUGACUUACUAACUGGUGGCUUAUAUGGUUGAAUAAGGGAGGAGGAAUUGAGAACAGUUAUUUGAUAUUCUUGGGUAUAGUUGACAUAUUUGUCUUCCAUAUGCGUCAUGACCUUUAUAAACGAUAUUUCUAUGGGAAUCCUUUCUACAUAUUAUGUUGAUGAU